AACACGUAUUCAUGCAUACGACUCUGAGGAGCCUGAUGCAAAACAUCAUUAUUGUUYUGUAGUCGUCACGCAAAAACCCCAGAGAUCGAUAUCUAUUGUUGAUGACAUACGCUUGCAUCUAGUGAGGGCCGUGUUGGUAGCGAAUUUUCUUCCUGUGUUCGAAUCUCAAAUCGAAGGUUUAGGUGAAUGUUGAUUGGAUAGCUUGCUCUUUAUCAUUUGUGCCGAACCUUCGAACUCAACAAUCAUGUCGGAGUCUCAGGCCUUCGUUAUUGUUUCGGGCGUGGAUAUCCUCACGUCCAUGGCCCCACUGCUAGCCAUAGCCUGUAUCUCAAACAUAUUAGGAUUAGGUAUUKCAAGCCCACUAAUAGUGAGCACGAUUCGAACGUUUGUUCAACUCUCUAUUCUUGCAUUUAUUUUAGAUCCAAUAUUUUUGCGAGGAGUAGAUUUGUGGUGGCUGGUUGUGGGUUAUUGUUUCCUAAUGAUCCUUUUGGCAUCCUACGAGAGCUCCACUCGCGCAAAAUACUACGUUGUUGGACAGUUCUGGAUGGUACUUUUCCCCAUGAUKUUCAAUAUCGUUACUGUUGCUUUAUACGCUUUUUUGGUGGURAUAAAACCGGAACCUCGCUGGGAUAUGUUGAGCGUAAAGUUAAAAAUAUGAUGCUAUGGUUUUCAGAGCUAUUCAAAUCAGCAAACAAAAAAUCAAAUGRUGGUCGCAAGGCAAGUGCUUGAUAUCUCACAAAAAUCUGCCAACUUCUCAUCUUGCCGGUUUSUCUUUGCCUCGUAUUUGUUCUUUGUAGAUCCUCAAUACGUAGUUCCCAUCGUAGGUAAGUUUCAGAGAAAAGUUCACUCCUUCCUUCGAUUGUGACGGUGGGCUGAAAGGUAACAAAUUUUGUAUCAAUUUGAAUAUCACAACUGCUAUAGGUAUGCUUCUAGGAAAUUGUAUAAAUGGGAUAUCAUUGGCUCUCAAUAGCCUGUUCACCUCAUUGGUUGAAUGCUCGCGUGAGGUUGAGCUGUUGCAGGCCUUCGGUGCGAAUGAGCGUGAAGCGACGGCACGAUUAGUACGAGAAGCGAUUCGCAAUGGGACUAUGCCUCAACUUAAUAGUAUGGCGAUCAUUGGCCUUAUUUCUAUCCCAGGUGGGUUUCGAACAAGAAAUAUCUUGUCGAGAUUAUGUUCAAAGRUCUUCGCGUGGAUCUUUUGCAUCUCCUUACAUUGAAUGUGGUUAUGAAAKUGACGAAGUAGUCUCUGAAUUUUUUUCGUGCACUCAAACACUUAMUUCCUGAAGGAAUGAUGACYGGGCAAAUAUUAGGAGGUACAUCGGUAACGCAAGCGGCAAGAUAUCAAAUCCUCAUAGUGUAUUUUAUUGCUAUGUGCUCAUUCGGAACAAUCCUGAUGGAACUCCAUCUAGCUCUAGGAGUUUGUUUCGACUCGAGAGGAAUUCUUCAGACCGAUAUUCUCCAGAAGCGUGAUAAAAAACCAAGCUUCGCCGCCAGUGUAGUGUCGUCCAUUCGAGGUUGUUUCAGAAAUUUCAGCCUUUCGCCCCGUCAGCAUUCUGCCUCAUCUAGCAAUUGCGCURGUGAGUCAACAUUCCUGAGUCCGUAUGGGAGCAUGAGCGUGGCUACACCAAGUCGUGGUGGAAAGGAAUCAGAGAAUAUCGUUCUUAGUUUAGACAGACUAUGUYAUGGAUUCAAAGUUGGAGAAGAUGAAGAGUCCAACGCAAAAGAGAAUGAGUACAAAAACGAAAGCACGACACGAAUCUUGUUCGAAAACGUAUCUUUCAAACUAUAUUCUGGAGAYUCGGCCCUUGUCAUGGGGCCUUCUGGAGCAGGAAAGUCGACCCUUCUAAGGAUUAUUGCUGGGCUUACAGACGCAGAUGCACAAAGAAUCAAACUUUUUGGCAUUGCACAAGAUAGCUUUGCCUCGAUGCCUCGUUGGAGGAAACGGGUUCGCUAUGUACCACAAACUAAGGUUGAGAUACCAGGAACCCCAAAUGAUUUCAUCAGAAAAAUUUCAUCUUUCGGUACAUGGAACAAUAAAAAUAGUGUUGAYGAUUCAUCUUCUUUGUACUUUGAGAUGGAGUCGACGGUAACAGAGCUUACGACAAGUUGGGGCAUAGGCAUCAACCUCCUUAAUUCUGAAUGGAAAUUCCUAUCUGGUGGAGAAUCGCAAAGAAUCCUUAUCGCAAUCUCAUUAGCUUCGUUGAAAUGAUAAAUCCGAUUUUGAUGCAUCGAAUUUAAUGUCUUUUUUCAUUUCGAUACCAACAAGAAGUUCAAGAUCCACCGCCGCACAGGAUUUACUGAUGUCUUUCGAAUUCAAAAAAUUAGAACGAAAUGAUACAGAAGGUUCRUGUUCUUCUGUUGCCGAAGGAUUUCGUUGCAGAGAAAGCUGUCGAACCUUGACGUGUGCGCCAUAUUCUUUCCACAAUUUACAUGCUUGAUUCAAGUACUGAUCCGCCAAAYMAUCUUCAUUCAAGGCUUUCAUAACUGCUCCYGUAAGUUCACUUCCAUGUGCGGCAUCCUGAGUAUAACCUAUCUUGACUGCCGCAAUAAUUGCUUCGUCAUACGCCUUGGUCAAUUUUUGCACAUCGUGACACUCUAGAGAGAGCACUUCGGCUUCCAAUAAGAGGCAUUUGUGAAGCGCAUUUAGCCCUCUGGUGCGACAGAAGUAUCUCAACGUUUUUAUGAAUUUCAUGGCUUUUCUUUCAUAUUUCUUGGAACCUGUUUUGCGAGCUAACUCCAGAUAAGCAAGUCCAGAAUAAAAGAGUUCUUUGCUACCACAUAUGUAUGACCUCUCGAAUCCAACGAGAGAAGAAAUCGAUUCGGACAUUCUCACCGCAAACUCGAUGUUGCCGAACAACACUCCUAGCUCCAAUCGCGAUAUGAGUGAGAAAACAGUGGUGUAGUAAUCAGAUUCCCCCCUUCCAACAUCCUCCGGAGGCUCCAAUUCAUUCCAAUCAAUCUUCCUUUUGCCCAUCAAACAAAGCACAGAAACUCGGCUAGCCAUGAGAUAUGUCAAGACCGAUUCAACGUUGUACAGACUGAGUUGUUGAAUMAGCUGUGCCCCGGUCUUUUCAACGGGCUCCAACGGAUAUCCAGAACUCUGUGCAAUAAUAUUGCAAAAUACAAUACAUUGAAAUCCUAUUUCUAUAUUUCCUUUCGCCAUUCCAGCCGAAUGAGCUUCUUGCAAGGUCUCCAUUACGUGCUCUCUGGGAUAACUCCAUGCUUCGAUCCAAUAACCAACCACGAAUAGUGUCUCGGAUUUCAUCGAGCUUGAAAUUUCGUCCGUUUUUGCCAUUAUCUCACGAGCAAGGCCUGCCAUCCGAAGGGCAUUCUUGACGUCGUUAUCACUAUCCUGUAAAAGUUUACCAUAAGAUGCAAAUGCUUGCGCACUCGUCCUCGAAAACCCGAACUCGAACGUGAGACGCAAUUGUCGUGCUAUGCAAAACCGAUAUUCUGUCAUGUUUCCGCAAUGGUGAGCUCUUCGUGAAGCUUGUGACAGUAAAUCCAUAACCAUAUU